AUGGAUCUGUGUGUCACCAUCAAGGGGGUCUCCUUCCUCUUGCAAACAGGUAUGGGCAUCUUGGGGAACACGGUGGUACUGAUGGCUUAUGCCCACAUUGUUUAUGCUGAACGCACACUCCUUCCUGUGGACAUGAUCCUGUGCCAUCUGGCCUUUGCCAACCUGAUGCUGUUGCUCACCCGCUGUGUCCCCCAAACCAUGACUGUGUUUGGACUGAGGGACCUGCUGAAUGAUGCCGGCUGCAAGGUGGUGAUCUACUCUUACCGCAUCGGCCGAGCCCUCUCGGUGUGCAUCACCUGUAUGCUGAGUGUAUUCCAGGCAGCAACUGUUGCCCCUGCCGGGCCUCGCCUGUCCAGGCUGAAGGCUAUGCUUCCGUCCCUCAUCCUCCCCACCUUUGCAGGGCUGUGGCUCCUAAACAUGGCCAUAUGCAUUGCAGCCCCAUUCUUCUCUAUAGCUCCGCGUAAUGGCACAGUACCAGCGUUCACCCUCAACCUGGGCUUCUGCCAUGUGGAUUUCAGAGACAACCUGUCAUAUGUGAUCAACGGGGCGGCUGUCACAGGGAGGGAUUUUGCCUUUGUCGGCCUAAUGCUGGCCUCCAGCGGUUACAUCCUCUUGCUUCUUCACCGCCACAGUCAUCAAGUAAGGAAGAUCCGUCGAUCUCAACAUGGAGGAGCAGAGACCAGGGCGGCCAAAACAGUGGUCACCCUAGUGGUCCUGUAUGUGGUCUUCUUCGGAAUUGACAACAUAAUUUGGAUUUAUAUGCUGACGGUGGCUAAAGUGUCACCCGUGGUGGCUGACAUGAGGGUAUUCUUCUCCUCCUGCUAUGCCUCGCUCAGCCCUUACUUUAUCAUUUCCUCCAACAAGAAGGUCAAGAUGAAGAUUGUGUGUACAGCUGAACAGGAUCAGCCGUCGGUGGACACUCAGGAGUCGAGUGACAAAUGA